UUCUUGUUACUACUUAGGUUAUCGCGGCAAAGGUUUAGUCUUACCAUUAUGUACGCUAUUUUAAUCAUAUGGCAAGUGGAUAUAGACUCUUGCAAAGCCCUGUUUGUGGCAAGAGCAACAACUCCCGGUUUGUGAUAAGCUGCAGACAGCGUGUCAGCCUUGCAUACGCAGGUACCCGGUGCAAUCUCCAAAAGAUCCCCACAACGACGUCCCACGUUAGUCAAGAGAUUCCUAUAUAAUGGCGCCUACAGCUUUUACAUCUUUAAUCGUUUAAAAAC